AUGGGUUCUGACGUAGAACAACACAUUCAAAACCAAACAACAAACACAAACAGAGUCACUAACGGUAACAUUUCCGUUGCAAAAACUCUCUCAAUAGUCCAACCUCAUUCACUUCUCCCGAAACCAACACCGCCACUCGCCACUUCAAAUCCGAACCACCCAAACGACGUCGUUCCAUCAUCAACCUUCAAAACUUUCUUCCGUCAGCGAAGUAACAACCUAUCCUCAGCAAUAUCGCGAACGAUCUCAUCUCUCAAAAACUCAAUCGAUGAAAAGAACGACAACAAGUCGAAUAACGAUGUUACCGAAUUCAAACUAUCCGGUUUAAAAGUCGUGGUAGAGGCCAAAAACGGCUUGUCGUUGGGGAAAGUUCGAAUCACGUUGUUUUCAAAAUCCAACUGCCGAGACUGUUCCGCAGUUCGGAGUUUCUUCAGAGAAAGAGGAUUGAAAUUCGUUGAAAUCAACAUCGAUGUGUAUACCGAACGAGAGAAGGAGCUGAAUCAGAGAACGGGAAACACGAAUGUUCCGAAGAUUUUUUUCAACCAGAAGCUGAUUGGAGGAUUGGUGGAGUUGAAUGCGAUGAGGAAGAAUGAAGGCGGUGAAUUGGAGAAUAAGUUGAUUGAAAUUGGUAACGGAAAGUUUUCCGGCGACGGCAUCCCGGUGCCGCCGGAGUAUGGAUUUGAUGAGAUGGUUGAGGAGAAGGUGCUGGCGGAGGAGGAGAUGGUGAAGGUUGUGAGAGUGUUGAGACAGAGGUUACCGAUUCAAGAUCGGUUGAUGAAGAUGAAGAUUGUGAGAAACUGUUUCGCUGGGAGUGAGUUGGUGGAGCUUCUUGUUCGUCACCAUGGAUAUGCUCAUGAUGAGGCUGUUGAGGUCGGAAAUCAGUUAUGCCAAAAGCACUUCAUCAAUCCAGUUUUCGGAGAAAUUAAUUUCGAGGAGGAAAAUUUCUUCUACCGAUUCCUUGAGCAUGAAGCUUUUAUACCAAAAUGUUUCAAUUUCCGUGGUGCCACAAAUGACAGUGAACCGAAAAAUGCAGCUACAGUUUGUGAUAGACUUACCAAGAUUAUGUUUGCCAUUCUUGAAUCUUAUGCUUCUGAAGACAGGAGACGUGUUGAUUAUGUGGCCAUCAGCAAAAGUGAGGAAUUUCGGAGGUAUGUAAACAUGACUCAAGAUCUGCAGAGGGUGGAUCUCUUAGAACUAUCUGAAAACGAGAAACUCGCCUUCUUCUUAAAUGUGUACAAUGCCAUGGUUAUCCAUGCUAUGAUAAGAGUAGGGUGUCAAGAAGGUGUGAUUAACCGAAGAUCCUUCUCGGAUUUCCAGUAUUUGAUUGGAGGACAUCCUUAUUCUCUCGCCACAAUUAUAAAUGGUAUCCUUAGAAGCAAUCGGAGGUCACCUUAUUCCUUAGUCAAGCCCUUUGGUACAAGGGACAUACGAUUAGAGGUUGCAGUUGUCAAAAUGAAUCCUUUGAUUCACUUUGGACUUUGUAAUGGCACAAAGUCAAGCCCGAAGGUGCGGUUUUUCUCACCUUGUAGAGUUGCAGAAGAAUUGAGAUGUGCAGCUAGAGAGUUCUUUGAGUGUGAUGGAAUUGAAGUUGACCUAGAGAAGAGGACCCUUCAUCUCAGUCCAAUUUUUAAGUGGUACAGUGCAGAUUUUGGGCAUGAGAGAAAUGUGGUGAAAUGGAUAAUGAACUACUUGGAUGCAAACAAAACAGGUCUUUUAACACAUCUCUUAGAUGAUGGUGGUCCUGUUCAUAUAUCAUACAAAAAUUAUGAUUGGUCAAUAAAUUCUUGA